AUGGUGGGGUACUUGAUGCAUGGAGCCCGGGGAAGAUCCUACUCUUCCUCCUCCCAUAAGGUGGUGGCAGGGGCAUUGCCCAAUUCCAAUGGGGUCUCCCCCAGAUGCUUAUUUCUCCUCUGUUUCACUAGCUUUUGCCUGGGAGUCUUUGUUGUCAACAGACUUCCUCUGUAUAGGUUUUGGUUCACACCCAGGAAUAAUGCUUUCCCUGUGGAAUUGAAAAUGCACCCUUCUGGAAUACCUCCUCCUGUGGUCAAUUGUGAGGACAAGGACACUAGUUUUGAUGCUGGAGAAAUCCUUUCCAAAGUCUCAGAAGCCAAUGAUGUAAUCAUGACGUUAGACAAAACCAUCACUUCUCUGGAAAUGAGGCUUUCUUCUGUUCGGCGUUCUGCUGCUGUAACAAGCAGUGAACGGAGAAAUGGAAGAAAUUCGCAACAUUUUGGUGUGAAACGCCCUAAAGUUUUCUUUGUAAUGGGGAUCAUGACGGCUUUUAGCAGCAGGAAACGCCGAGAUUCAAUCAGACAAACUUGGAUGCCUCAAGGGGAUGAACUGAGGAAGCUUGAGAAUGACAAGGGAAUAGUGAUACGGUUUGUAAUUGGACACAGUUCAACACCGGGUGGAGUUCUGGAUCGUGCCAUUGAUGCUGAAGAAGCUAAACAUAAUGAUUUCUUUAGGCUGAACCACGCAGAAGGAUACCAUGAGUUGUCUGCAAAGACUCAAAUUUACUUUUCAACAGCUGCAUCAAAGUGGGAUGCUGACUUCUAUGUGAAAGUCGACGAUGAUGUGCAUGUCAAUCUUGCAAUGGUUGCAUCGUCCCUGGCUCGCCAUCAAUCCAAACCUCAUGUUUACAUCGGUUGCAUGAAGUCCGGACCUGUCCUUGCACAGAAAGGAGUCAAGUACCAUGAACCUGAGCAUUGGAAAUUUGGCGAGGAGGGAAAUAAGUAUUUCAGGCAUGCAACAGGACAAAUAUAUGCAAUCUCCAAGGAUUUGGCAACCUACAUUUCAGUUAACCGGCACAUACUUCACAAAUAUGCCAAUGAAGAUGUCUCGCUUGGAUCAUGGUUCAUUGGCCUAGACAUUGACCAUAUUGAUGACAGAAGUUUCUGCUGCGGAACUCCUCCUGAUUGCGAGUGGAAGGCGGAAGCAGGCAAUGUUUGUGCUGCAUCAUUCGACUGGAGCUGCAGUGGAGUAUGCAAAUCCGUGGAACGGAUGGAGGAAGUGCACCAGCGAUGUGGAGAAGGCGAUGGAGCAAUUUGGCAUGCUAUCUUUUGA